UUCUUAAGUUGUGAAUUAUAAAUAUGUAUAAUGUUUAAUAAACUAUUGUAAUUUUUAAUACACAUAAGUUUACGAACGAGUCACGAGCUGUCAAAUUUUGUAUGUGACAUUUUACUAAAUUUUAGCGUGGUUUUGACAUUUCUGUGUCUGUUUUGUAUCAACAUUGCCUCAUGUUAUUUAAGUGAAUGAAGUAAUGUUAUUAAAUUAAUUUACAUCAAAAUGGACGCUUAUGAUAUAUUUAAAAAGCUAACAAAAGGGCUCACCUUCAAACGUCGUGUAUUAGGAGUGAAUAACGUUGAACAUAAUGUGAAAGCUGCAUUGAAAAAAGAAACGGAAAUAAAAAAGGUGGAAGUACAUGAAAUAAAACAUGAAAAAGAUGAUAUUGAUGAUACAGAUGAACAUCAAUCAGCGUCCGAGAAUGACAGGGGAGACAGUACUGAUGAUGAAAAUGAUGAACUUCAAAUAAUCGACGGUGAAACAUUGGAAAAAAAGUCUAAAAAAAAGAAAUCAAAGCUAACACCUGAAGAGUUGAAGAAGAAACUUGAACUUGAAGAGCAAAAUCACUUUAGAAAUGAGCAUGGUAUCAAAGCAGUGGGACGACACAUUCCCAGUGCGUUGAGAGAUUUCAGCGAACUAGUCACUCGGUACAACGUCCCCCAAGCAUUGGUCGACACUGUAAUUCAAUGUGGCUACUCUGAACCUACACCGGUGCAACGACAAGCUAUACCAUGCUUGUUAGAGAACCGUCAAAUAGUAGCAUGUGCACCGACAGGGUCUGGGAAGACAGCGGCAUUCCUACUACCCCUUCUACACCCUUUAGGGACCGCACAAGGAGGUCCCAGAGCAUUAAUAUUAUGUCCUACAAGAGAACUGGCAAUGCAGAUCUACCGUGAAGCACUAAGGCUCUCGGCCUCUACGGAGCUACGCUGUAGUGUUAUUAGGAGCUGCAAGCAAAGCAAGAUUAAAGAACGGGAGAACACCAUCAAGAAGAGUGACUUAGUUAUAAGUACACCAAAUCGUCUCUGCUAUAUACUUAAUCAAGAAAAUGUUGGCAUCAGCUUGGACAAGGUCCAGUGGAUGGUGAUCGAUGAAGCAGACAAACUAUUUGAGGGUACCACAGAGGAGGUAGACACAUUCCGGCAACAACUUGAUAUGAUCAUCAGCGUCAAGCCAGAGCGUUGCCAACUUGCCAUGUUCAGUGCCACUCAUACACCUGCCAUCGCUAAAUGGGCAAGGCAUAACAUGCGUGGACUUAUCAACGUUACCGUAGGACUAAGAAAUGCAGCGUCAACAUCAGUCGAUCAAGAGUUGUUAUUCUGCGGCAAUGAGAAUGGAAAGCUUGUGGCAUUUAGACAGCUAGUUCAAAACGGAUUAAAACCUCCCGUCUUAGUUUUCGUCCAGAGCAAAGACCGAGCGAAACAGUUAUUCAAAGAACUGAUAUACGAUGGUAUCAACGUAGACGUCAUCCACGCUGACAGGACACAAGCGCAGCGAGACAAUGUAGUCCGAAGUUUCCGUACCGGACGUAUCUGGGUGUUAAUAUGUACGGAGCUGAUGGGGCGUGGUAUCGACUUCCGGGGAGUUAAUUUAGUAGUCAACUACGACUUUCCGCCUUCCGCCAUAUCUUAUAUACACAGGAUAGGGAGAGCGGGUCGCGCCGGACAGAAGGGUAAAGCUAUCACGUUCUUCACACAAGAUGACGUUACCAACUUAAGGAGCAUUGCCGCAGUAAUGAAACAAUCGGGCUGCCAAGUACCGGAGUACAUGUUGAAACUAAAGCAAGACCCAAAUAAAAGGAAAAAACUGUUGAAGAAAGCCCCGCACAGAGACAAGAUAUCUACGAUUUUGGUGAAACCGGAAAAACGUAAGCUUGAAGCUCAAGACACAAAGGACAGUAAGAAGACGAAGGACACGGAAAUUGUUAAAAAUGCUAAAAAUAAUAAACAUAGGAAAAUACAGAAUGGAUUACCAGAUAAAGAGAUAUACAAAAAACAAAAAAGUAACAUAAAACCAAAUAAAGAAAGAAACAAAAUAGAAAAGAGUAAAGUGAAAGAAUCAAAGAAAUCACAUAAAAUAGUUAAAAAUAAAAGGAAAAACAAGAAAGUUACCAUUGUGUAA